AUCCUGCAAACAGAAAUGCAUCUGCCGUAUGGCUGGGUGACCACCACACCAACACACACCAUUCGCUCCCAGAAAUCUGUCCCUUUUUCUCUAGCGGACACCACCCACCCGUUAGCGCCACGUGUCGACAUCUCAUUGGUCGGCGCCACACAGCCCCUGCCUCUGCACACCGUGUACAGUCACAUGCACAAGCCCAGCCCCUCUUUGGGCGACGCUGCCCUGCACGUGCUUAUAGGGAAACGCCUGCCGGCGGGCCUGCGUACGGAGGAGAGGGCGCUGCCGAUCAAUCACCUGCUGACAGCUGUUGGCCAUGUGAAAUUCGGAUCUGACGGUCGUCCCGCCAUCGUCGCUUCUCCAAAACUUCCCUUCUUCCUCUUCUCCGACAGCAAAGCAAAAAUGCUUCAGAAGUUGGAUCGCCAGUGCGGGGUGCUGCUGAGAUGCUGCUUGCUGCUGUCUGCUGCCGCUGCAGGCAUCGGUUUCUUUGCUGUGUGGAG